CGGGUCGGUGGACGCGGAACUGCAGCAGCACCGUCGCAACCGUAAAUUGUGAUAAUUGAUUUCAAUUUGUUUCAUGAAGGCGGUGGCACCCUUGUCCAGCGAGAUGUUUCAAACGAAUCUGAACCUUUGCGCGCGCAGUAUGGUCGCAGACUCCACGACUUCGGAACAGAAUGCGUCCAGGACAACGCUGAUAUGCCGGGCAUGUCUAGUGCUUCUGGGUCCCCAGGAUACCGCCUACAACCUGGACAGCGAACAGGACUUGGCGAGGAAAUAUUUUGGCUGUACUGGCGGCGAUCCGGGAAAGGAUGAGGACGACUUGCUGGCCCAACUGGUGGUCCUGAAGAGCAUCUGCGAGUGCUGCUAUCAGUUGGUGCAAAAGUUUUACGCAUUUCAACGCAUGUGCGAAGAGUCCUCGCGCAACUUUGAGAAGCUGCUCCUGGACAUUGACUUGUACUGCCUCAAGGCGCAGGAGGAUGCAGCCGCUGCUGCCAUGCCGCCGGAUUUACCGGAUACCCCUUCGGAAAGUGAGAAGUCCACUAAUCAAGAGGAGAAAGCCGAGGCCCCAAGCAUGGAAUCAAUUGAGGAGAUUGAGAAAGUGUACAUAAUCGAGGAUGAAGGUAGCAAGCAGGAUAUCAGCAAGGAAAAGGUGUCUCGCCCUUUGGCCCAAUACAAUAGGACGAUAGGCCAGCGAAAGCGGCGUGUGAGACACACCCUUGACUGUAGCAUCUGUCAACGCGGCUUCUACAAAUCGUCCCUGCUGGAGGCCCAUGUGAAGAAACAGCACGAGGGUGUGGAAUCCUAUACCUGCGUCCAUUGCGGCAAGAGCUAUGCGAGGGCCAAUUUACUAGAAACACACCUGCGGGAAAUACAUUUUAAUGGCGGUGAGCGGGUUACCUAUCCUUGUCCCAGCUGCAGCAAAGUGUACACAGCGGCGCGGAGUCUCAAAUAUCAUGUAAAGCGGCAGCAUGAGACAGAGUCCUUCUCAACUGACGAUUGUCGGUAUAUUUGCGAAGAGUGCGGAAAGUUCUUUGGGCGAAAGGCUCACCUAACCCGCCACAAGGCGACACAUGGCAAGCGGAAAUAUUCCUGCGAGCACUGUGACCGAAGGUUCCACACCAAGGAUAAUAUGAUGGAUCACUUGAAGCGUAGACAUGGGAAUAAAGAUGUAAUUCGCUGCAGGAAGUGCGGGCGCAUCUUCCGGGAGAGAUCAGACCGCAGCAAACACUCGUGUAGAGCCAAGGACUAGACCAAAUGUAGUUUAAUAAUUUCUUUUAUUUAUGUAAGUGAUUUUUCAAUAACAUCAGCUAACUCAACUGUUACAAAUGAUUCGAAUUACUUGGAAUUUGUUGGGGAAAACUGCCGAA